UGGUAGUAGGGGUAGGGGGAGUGGUGGUGGUGUGAGCGGACGAUGAAGGGCUCUGAGGGUGAUGGACCACACACGGUGUGGUUGCUACAGUUGGCAGUUCUGUGCCAGGCGACGGCCAAAGUAGAGUUGGCGAUGUCCACAGCCAUUGUCAAUGUCACCAGUUUCUCAGCGGCCGCCAACCGCACGCUCACCACCAGCGUGGAUGGCAUCUACGGUGCCAACUCGCCGGUCAAAGGGGCCAGAGGUGUGGUGGGGGUCCCGAACUCGCACGACGCUUUGGCCUGCGAUGACAACGUCGAUUUCAGCGCCACCGAGAGCCCUUGGAUAGCGCUCGUGGAGAGGGGCAAUUGCACCUUCGCCAAGAAGAUCGAGAAUGGGUUUAGACGGGGGGCUGCAGCUGUCGUGAUCUUCAACGGAGCAGGAAAGGGCAACAGGACCGACCCCUUCGUCCAUCGUGGUACGGGCAACAUGGUUGCCGUCAUGAUUGGCAACAUCAAGGGCAGUGAGAUUUUGGCGCUGGUGAAGGAAGGUAUUGCUGUUUCCAUGGUGAUUGAAGUCGGGAAGCAGCACGGACCGUGGAUGAGCCAAUACUCCAUCUUCUUUGUCUCGGUUUCCUUUUUUGUCGUCACUGCUGCCACAGUUGGAUAUUUCAUCUUCUACUCUGCAAGAAGAUUACGGCUUGCAAGGGCUCAGUCUCGAAAACAGAAGCAACUAAAAAAUGAAGCCAAGAAAGCUAUUAACCAACUGGACCUACGCAUCUUAAAGCAUGGAGACCCGGAGACUGGUCCGGACGCUGACAGCUGUGCAGUGUGCAUUGAAGCUUACAAGCCCAAUGAUGUUGUUCGCAUCUUGACUUGCAACCACAUAUUCCAUAAGCACUGUAUUGAUCCAUGGCUUCUGGAGCAUAGAACCUGCCCUAUGUGUAAAUGUGACAUCCUGAAAGCUCUUGGAAUUGAGGUUGACAUAGAAAAGGCUGAAGAGACACCGGCACCUGAGCAAUCGUCCAGCAAUCCUCAAAGGACCGGGCAGGACAGACACACCGACGUUCCCGAGAGUGCCAUUUAUACUGUACCAGCUGCUUUUGGGGCUGAGCAUCGAUUGGAUGAAUCUCCUGUAACUGAGGAUAAUCACUAUUUCAGUGAAGAGCAGCAUCUGGUCCAUAAUGAUGCGCGAGUGAAUUCUCUGUCUGUAUAUGUUCUGCCACAGGACAACCCAGUGUAUGAAGAGAUUGAUCUACAAGAUGAAGUAAAGUCGUGAAUCAUCCCAAAGAAGUAAAACCUUGAAAAAUAAAGCCAACUAUCGACUGAUAUGCAGGGAGCGUCUCUUAAAUGAACUGCUUUCUUCAAACAGACUUUGGAGUGGCCCACAGUCUACACUUUUUUCUGCAUUUUUUUAAUGCCAAUGUUAUAAAGAGACAAAUGAUUUUUAAGUAGUAUAAGAAUAACAGGCAGCUCGUGAUUAGUCCUUGUGCUGAAAUUCUCAGCACUUCAUGCAAUAACUGCAGUUAAUUUAACUGAUAUCUGGUGACCACAAGGCUGCAGUAAAGACCAAGACUGUUGAACAUUAUUUUUAACAUACAAAGCUAAGACAAUAACAGUUUGCUUUAACCUCUGGUUUUCUGUGUGGAGGUGGGGGGAGAAGAGAGUUUGAGGUUGGGAAAGAGAAGCCUUCUACAAAUGCCAGUGCAUUCCUGGGGACUUCCUAUUCUGACUCCACCAGGGAAAAUAAAUCUUACAAAGUAAAGGCAGGUUUUUCUUUACAGCAAGACACAUAACAUGCCAAUAAGUCAUCAGUAACAAAGGACACAGCAAUAUGUCCUACAGCCCCGAUGGGAUUCUUGACAGUAACUUCAUAGUUGAAAACCACAUUUUGAAAGUCUACUACUUAAACCAAUCUGUAAAGUGGAAUCCAUUAGUUCUGCGCCUUUAGUGCAUUUCCAGCACUCUGCUGACUGCACCAAAUUGCACUACAUGUUGAUGAAAAUGCAAGCAAAAGGUUAAUUGUCACCCUAUUAAUAUAAGUCUACAAUAGUGCGAACAAAGCCUGUGCUGUCUGUUUGUGGUGUCACUCCUGGUUAAUUGCAUCCCUGAUGUGAAAAGGAUUUUUGAUUUAUCAUUUACAUUAUGUAAAAGGCAGUGCAUUUGGUACAUUUCCUGCACGAUUGGUGAUGCAUUUACCAGUAUUCUGCUCAACUGAAAGGAAUAGCUAUUUUUACAUUCUUUUUUAGUUUGUUUUUGAUUCUGAAACAAUGGAGCGGUUGACUUUUAAAGCCAAACUGGUCAUCUGUUUUCAGAAUCCUAAAACAAGCUGAUAAUCUGUUUGACCCCUGCAUUAGUUGCCUUUAAUCAAACCUCGUGGUCAAAGACUUUUCUCUGAAUACAAAUCAUAAGCAGAAUUGGCUUCCUUUAUACAAAUUAAUGUUUCUUUCUUUUUAUUUGAAAGCAAUUCUCUUAACUCUCAAUAAAAUAAAUCUAUUUUGGAGAUAAAUCACUUGUGGAUAUUUUAUUUAAACACUUUGAGUACUUAAUUUGGUUCAGCUAGAAUAAAAGGGAAGGAAAACGUGGGAGAGGAAGAUGCUCACUAGUCUUGUGAGGCCUAAUUAAGUGCGAUGGAGUCUUUGCAACUGACUAGUUUUUCUAUCACUUUCCAAAGUAAACUCAUGUCUAAUUCUUCAAAUUCCAAAGAAUAGUUGUUUGUGAAGAGGCAGGGUGAGAAAGCAAUAUUUUACACAACUGCUAACAGUGUAGGUUCAGAAGCCUUUGGAAGGAGAUUAUAAGAGAGCGUGGGAUUUCAGAUUAACUUUUUAAUGGUAUUUUUAAAAUUGUAAUUGUAAUUCCACUUCUGCCUUGAUUUAUAUCUAGCUUGUACAGUACUUUUGCACAAUUGGUUGGAAGCAGUUUUGGUGUUUUGGACAUUUUGCACAGUCGUUCUCCUUUUUCAAAUGGAAGGGAGACUUUACAUUCAGAUGUACUUGCCUUGAUAUGCCUUGAGUUUUUGAUUUUACUCACUACACACUUUUUUUUUUGCUACCAAGCAGCUUUCCAAAAUUCAGUGGCUUCGUAGUUGACAUCUGUGAAUCAUUCUCCUUGGCUUUGUGUGGGAGAGGUCUUUUGAGAGGAGGUGGAAAAUACAAGCUAUCAAAAUUGACUGUGUAUUACUUGCUGCAUUGAUUUUCAAGUGUCAUGAACAGCUCCUGCUCUGUGCUACUUCAGUAUGUUGAGGUUCCACCAGGUUGGCAUGUUAUAGCUGGUUACUGUAGGAGGGAAUACCAUAGAAGCUGGUACUUCAUUCUGUGAAGUUUGCUAAGUCAUGUUGCUCACCUAAUGCCUAGUGUUGAUCUUUCUUUAUAUACACAAGAAGAUUCUUUGGAGUUACUUGGUUUUCCAGACAUCAGUAAAGUAAAAUUGCUUCCCUGGAUUAAUCAUGGAUCAUAUGAGCCAUCCAUCGCCUUGAGAUGCCAUCCACAGAUUUUUUUUCUGACUCUGAACAGAAUUUUUUUUUGGAUUGAAUGUCCAACACAGAAUAACUUUCUGACAAAAAGGCAGCAAAAUUCAACAAAAGCAGUACACUUGCCAGGAGUUGCAUUUCUAAUGAACAAAGCAGAAAUCAAACCUCUCUCAAUGUCUUUGCCUUCACAGAAGUGCAAUCCAACUUGUUAUUGAAUACAAUAUUUUAACUCCCACAUUGUAGAAUGCUUGCUGGCUAAUUUUAGUAAACGCCUAUCACUGUGUUCAAUAAAUAUUAUAAAAACCGAAAGAACUGUGGAUGCUGUAAAUCAAGAACAAACAAGUUGCUGGAAAAGCCCAGCAGGUCUGGCAGCAUCUGUGAAGGAAAAAACAGAGUUAACGUUUCAGGUCCGGUGACCCUUCCUCAGAACAGUUCUGGGGAAGGGUCACUGCACCCGAAAUGUUAACUCUGUUUUGUCCUUCACAGACGCUGCCAGACCUGCUUGUGCUUUUCCAGCAACUUUACUUUUGUUCUCAAUAAAUAUUAUGUCCAACAUAUGCAUCACCACUGCCACAGAAAGUAAAGAACCACCCCAAGCUUUCAUCAUCUGUUUUCCAUUUCUACCCCCCCACCAACCCCGUAGUUAUCUUCCCUUGUGCAGCCACAAAUAUUAUUUUUAAAACAUUGAUACUUGAUUUGAUUUUUCAAAAUGGUUGCAAAUCAGAAUUGAAAAAAAAAUCCUCCAGAGGUUGCCAAAUUCUGAAUUUUCCAAUUGGUGUUACUUUAAUCCCAGUGAUAACCCAUUUAAAAUUGUUGGGUUAACCCCAGGGUUAAAAUAGUGCCGGUUGAAGAAAAAGAUGGGAACAAAAGUGGUACACGAGAGAGUCUGCCUGUGGCCCAGAGAAUAUUAGAAUAUCCGACACAAACUAAGCAUCAAAUAAUAAUGUGAAUAGGUCGCUUUCUGCUGCGUUGGCUAUUGUUUAUUUGGAUGCAAUUUUCUCUUUAAAUAUCUGAUUGCUGUGACCGGAGCUGUAGUAUUGUUGGAUAGAACCUCACCCCUUCUAAACAUACAGCUCCAACUAUACAACAUUAACUUCUACCAAAGCUAUAGUUUGUCUUUAACCUUUUGUCAAUGGAGAGUCACUGGGGUAUCAUUUUUAACUGAAUCAAUGGAGAGUAAAAUUGGGUGUGGUGCAGAACCAGCUUCGCCCUCAAUCUUUUCAAUUUUGUGAUGGGCAAGUUGGGUGAAAAUUGCUUCCACACUACUCACUUCUUAUAGUCAACAUGCCUUUAAUUACAAGGUUGGAAAUUAGUCUUUUUAAAUGUAAGAGAUUCAAAGGCCUUAAAUACUUAUUAAAAUCACUCAUUAAAACAAUAUGCAACAUUCUUCAUAUUAAUCACAUGCACUUUAUUUAGGGAACUUAAAUGAUUUUUUUUUAUUUUGCUUUCUUGGGUGAGCUUAAAUGAGAAUGUUAUAGCUGGUAUCCUGCAAAAGCUGACUUCUCAAAGAAAUUUAAAUGGUACUUGGUGGGUUUAUACUACACAACACUUCUGUUUUUUUUUUGAAAAAAAAGGGAUGUACGCAUUUGUACCAGACUUUUCUGUGAGAAUUUGUUGUACAUAUGAUUUUUAAAAAUCAUUUAUAUUGUCAGGAUUCCUUUAGCAAAGUGUAAAUAAAUUUGAUGUUCUAAUAAAUGGUU